AUGGUGAGAGUGACUGCGGCGGACAAGAUUGAGGUUCCAGAGAAAAAAGGAAUUAAAAUCAAGUCAGCAAAGCCUAAAUGGACAUUGAAAGGUGGUGAUCUGAAAAAUACACUGGAUGCACAAAUUGUAAGUUUGAAUCCCUUGGUGGUCAAAGGAGUGGAAAAGGAAGCAACGGUGGUGACGAAGAUAAUAAAAAACAACCCUGUGACAAAAACCCUAGAGGCACGGCCUGCAGACAAAACCCUAGCUGCGGAAGAAACCCUAGGCGCGCAAGGUGAAUUGUGGCAAUUUGAAUCAUCUUCUGGUCUGUCCGCGACGGAAAAAGAAACAAUCCUGGUGGACUUGCAUCCAUCCCCGGUUAGAACUGAAGCCGUCUGUGUUGAUGCGCCAUCUCUUGUUCAAUCGGAAAAUCGAUUUGCGAUUCUCCAUGCUGUAGAGGGUGAGGAGACCGAAGAGGAGAUGGCAAAUGUCCAUUCUGAAUUUCAUAUGCAAAGUCAGGAAGAACAAGACAAUAUCGGCGCUACUUCGGUUGAUGUUAAUUCGGAUUUAACCAACACUAGAGCUUUACUUGAAGUUGAGCUGCGGAAUAUGUCCUUGGUCCCGCAACUAGAUCCCAUUCGAUCUAAUGAUGAUACAUCUGCGAAUGAAAUCCCUACUAAUGAGGUGGUUCAUGAUGAGAGAGAGUUAUGGUCUGAUGGAGAAAUUCAUGAUGAUCACAUUGUUGAAAAUGAACACGGCAAGCGCACUGUCACCAAGAAGCGGGGGAGCAAGUUGAAGGAAGAACAUGCAAAACAACCGGAGGGUGUUGAAUUAAGGCGCUCCCUUCGACUUCAGUAG